CUAUUUUCUUGGUAUGGCGAUUUGAAAAAUUUUGUCCAAGUGAUUAGACCGAUGUACGGGAAACUACUUCCUCUUAGCGUACGAUAUAUUUUACCGAUCCAGAUGCUGAACAAUGCCAAAACGCGAUUGGAAAAAUAUGGCAUCUUCGAAAGUUUAUAUGAGGUUGACGAGAAUUAUAAGAUAUAUCAAAUUGCAAGAAAAUCUUAUAAAGCACUUUACGAGAAACUAGGGGAGAACAAUUAUUUUUUUGGAAGUUCACCAACAACUUUAGAUGCUAUUGUAUACGGAUAUUUAGCUCUUCACUUAUAUCCAGAGCUUCCUAACCCGAUGCUAUCCGUUAUACUUAAAAGAGAAUACUCACGAUUAUCACAGUUCUGUGAUCGAAUGAGGUCAUCACAAAUCUUACAAACCCCGCUUAAAAUUCUACCAACUUUCAGUCUUCCCUCAUUGUUUACAGGUUUUCUGUUAUCGCGUCGAACAUGGUUUAUUGACAGAUAUUGGAAACCUGUUGAAUCGGAUAAAUCAAAAGUGGAGAAAUCAUCUGCUCAAAUAGAGUUUGAGAGAAAGAGGACCAUUGCUAUUUGUGGAGCUAUAAUAUUUAUGACUGUUUAUGUAAUUUGGAACGGAAUCAUUACUAUAGAGGUUGUAGAUGAUUCGAAAAAAGAGGACACUGACGAUCAACAGGCGGACGACGCAGAAAAUGAUGAGGAUUUUGAUGAUUAG